AGGAAGAGAGCGCGCCGUGGCCACUCCACGAACACAGGCAUUGCACAAGGUUCAAAAAACGGUGGUGCUCAACAUGUCACAUUUCUAAUGCUGGGUCACGGUCGGAACCAACCCUACUCUCACCCCGAACUUGCGGAUUUGGUCUAAAAACUGCGUCCGGAGGCACAACGGCGUCGCUGCUUGCGGUUUGAAACACAGCAGGGCGGCUAGCGGACGGGGAGCGCUUUCGAGAGGAAUCAGAGAAGAGAGAGGACUGUUUUCAGAACCAUGAGAGAAUACAAAGUAGUGGUGCUCGGAUCCGGCGGGGUUGGAAAAUCCGCAUUGACUGUGCAAUUCGUAACUGGAUCCUUUAUAGAGAAAUAUGAUCCCACAAUAGAGGAUUUCUACCGAAAGGAGAUCGAGGUGGACUCAUCUCCUUCCGUUCUGGAGAUACUGGACACGGCGGGGACCGAGCAGUUCGCCUCCAUGCGAGACCUGUACAUCAAAAACGGGCAGGGCUUCAUCCUAGUCUACAGCUUGGUCAACCAACAAAGCUUCCAAGACAUCAAACCAAUGAGGGAUCAGAUCAUCCGGGUGAAACGGAACGAGAGGGUGCCGAUGAUUCUGGUCGGGAAUAAAGUGGACCUGGAGGGCGAGAGGGAGGUCUCGUCCGGGGAGGGGAAAGCACUGGCGGAUGAGUGGAAUUGCCCGUUUAUGGAAACUUCAGCCAAAAAUAAAGGCUCGGUGGACGAACUGUUUGCAGAAAUUGUCAGACAGAUGAACUAUGCUUCAGCACCAGGUGGAGAUGACAAGUGCUGCACGUCCUGUGUUAUUAUUUAAAAGGAGAACAUGUACUUUUUCUUCGAAUUUUUUUAAGUUUGCAAAUGGUGUGUUGCAGGGAGUCUGUACUGUUGGUUUCUUCUUCGUGGCUCACCCUGGCCUUGGACAGAAGGAAGGGAGGACUACCGCAGGGGAGGAGGGGAGCGGCGAAACAGGGAGGUGGGGGCCACUCUUCAGGAAUUCUGCUCGGCUGGAGUAUCUUUGCAGCAAACUCAAUGUACACCAUUGACGUCAACAUAAGUGGCAGAGAUAGAGAUCAGCUGAGUUAGCAACCCCUGUCUCCGCUUGCACUCACAACUGGAACUUAUCCCCAACGCAAAGACAUUGAGACUGGGACCUGAUAUUUCUUUAUGAAAAGUGGAGAUGACUAGAAAAUUAUAUUUUGUUAAUUGCUGCACAUUUGUUGUUGUUUUGUGGGGGAGUUGAGGGGUUAGGUGACAUUUCUCACACCCUCUUGGAGUCAUGUUCUGUGACCACAACACACGAAGUUGAUGUUUUUCAAAGUCAAUGAUGUUAGAAUUGGACACCAUUUUUGUGGAGUGUUAUGACGAGUGUCACCCAUUUUUUUUCUCCUUCAACGUGUGCGAGGACCUUACUUUAGUGACAUACGGACGGCGACCCGACCGCCCUUGCAUCGAGUGCCUUUCCAAAACAAAUCAGCUGUUCAAAUUCAGUGCCAACCAGAGAGUGUCUCCACAAGAAUCCCACAACAUGGCAAUCCACAAAGUUCUUAACUGUUGCUCUGGAUAAUCUCUUGGGGGUGGGAGAAGAAGGAAAAAAUGAAACAAAAAGCCUUUUGAUAAAGGAAUGGUGGUUGUCUUCUCUUUUAGUUUUGGCCUUUUGAAAACUAAGGUUUUUUUUGUUGCAAUUUCUCUCUUGGGUUUGGCCAAAUCUAAAUUUAAAUACACAGGUACUGGAGCCCCUUGACUUAACCACACCAAACGCUUCUUCCAGAGCACUUAAAUCAAAGGAAUUCUAUGUUUGUUUUUGUUUUUAAAAGAAAAUGUGAUGUACCAUUUAAAAUCUAACCCGAUUGUAAGUUUAAUUUCAGACCAGCCUUUUAACAGCUGUCUGUUUGUUUUGAAAAUACUUUUAAUACAAAUUGCAUUUUUUUAAGACA